UGUUGUGUUUCUGUUACUCAUCGCCAUCUUGUUGCAGCCCUUUUCUUGUCUGGCAGAUCAGUGGGGGGAUCGGGGGUGACAGAUCAGUCUCGGGGCUGCCUUGUAUGUAGGAUUAAGGAUCCGCUCGGUGACUGGAGGAGGGUGAGGACACUCAGCACAGCCCCCUGUAUGUGUGAUUGAUUCCUGGAGGCACAGAAGACACUGAGGAUUGCUGGAGACAUGAGCCUGGAGACACUACUACAAGCAGCCCUGUUCCUGGAAUGGCAAGCCCAGCAGCAGCAACAACAGAGGACACGUGAAGAAAACGAUAAGAUUUUGCUGGAACAGGAGGAAGAAGAAGAGGAGGAGGAAGAAGAAGAAGAAAAGAAAAUAAUUUCUCGAACAGAAGAAUUGGUAAACCAAGCUCCUCCUGAUCCUGCUAUUCCACCAGUGCCUGCACCUCCUCCACCCCCACCUCCUCCCCUACCUACUCCCGUAGCAGUCAUUCCCCUUCCUGUGGUAACCAGCACUCCUCAACCAGUAGUCCAAACAUCUUUAUCGCCUCCUGUUGUUCAGCGUCAGCAAGCUGUUGUCAACCCACCUGUUAUCAGCAAAGAGGUAUCCCUGGCUCCUGUCAUCCAGCGACCAACAGUCCCUGGACUCCCAGAGAUCAAGUCCACCCCUUUGAGUGUAGGAAGUCCUAAGCAGCUGCAUCAUUACUCAACCCCUGUGCUAGCAAUAACACAUCACCACAUUGUGCAGCAACAACAACAACAACAACAGCAGCAGCAACAACCUAUACAGCCCCAGCCAACAGCCCUACAGCACCCACAGCAGCAGCCUCCAGCACAACCCUUGGGUGCUCUUAGACUAUCUUCAGCAGAUGAUGGAAGGCCGAAUGAGCAGAGAAGGCGCCCUGGAGGAGCUGGCACUCGGGAAGUUCAUAAUAAAUUGGAGAAAAACAGACGAGCGCAUCUUAAGGAAUGUUUUGAGACGCUAAAAAGAAACAUCCCAAAUGUAGAUGACAAGAAGACUUCCAACCUCAGUGUGUUAAGAAGUGCUCUCAGAUACAUUCAGAGUCUGAAAAGGAAAGAAAAAGAAUACGAGCAUGAGAUGGAACGUCUGGCAAGAGAGAAAAUAGCCACACAGCAGCGGCUGGCUGACCUGAAAAAUGAACUCAGCCAAUGGAUGGAUAUCAUGGAGAUUGACCGAAUUGUACGCCAGACUGUUCAGCCAGAGGAUGACCAGGCUUCUACCUCAACAGCCUCAGAGGGUGAAGACAACAUUGAUGAGGACAUGGAUGAUGAUAGACCUGUCAAUGCAUUACCGAAACGCCAACAGCCAGAGCUUCUGAAGAUGGUACCGUCCAAUGCAGCUUCCCAAAAUCAUCAUUCCACUGUUCUGCCUCAGCACGUCUCCAUUCAACAGAAACAAGUUCCCUCUCCCCAUGCACAGCCUCUCUCCAACCAAGCACUGGUCCCACCUCAGGCCAUGGUGCCAGCACAGACUCAUAUUGUUGCUGCUUCAACGGUGCAGUCAACAGUGAUUGCCCACACGGCCACCACUCAUGCCUCUGUCAUCCAGACUCUAAACCAUGUCAUCCCAGGGCCUCAGACAAAGCACAUUGCUCAUAUUGCACCUUCCACGUCAAGCCCUGUACAGCUAACCACUGCUGCUCAGCCAAUCGGCCACAUCACUGUGCACCCAGCUGCCAUUAAUCAUAUGACCCAUCUUGGCCCGCAGUUACCAAUUUACCCCCAGUCUGUUGCAGUAAGUCAGCCCAUGGUGAGCCACAUCGCUCACACCAUUUCCCACCCACAAGUAAAUGGAACCACAAACCUGGGUCAGCCUACUGUCAUGGCAAAGCCAACUGUAGGAACCCAGGUGGUCCACCAUCCCCAAUUAGUUGGGCAAACUGUCCUGAACCCGGUGACUAUGGUAACCAUGCCCUCAUUCCCUGUCAGCACUUUGAAGCUAGCCUAAACACUCAAAAUUGUAAGAAUUAAGUAAAUAAAUUAAAUUAUCCACCGGACACGUGAAACUCCAUACAUUCCUUUCCAGUCAUGUUCCAAGGAAGAUGAGACACCUCUUCACAUGGUUUCUGAUCCACAUUAUAAUUGGCUUUGGGGGGGAGGGGAAAAGACGUCAUGCUUUGUGAUUUGUCAUAUAUAGGCCUAAAUCAUAAAGGGCCCAAUGUGCUGGAAUUUUACCAUUCUCAUUGUCUCAGUGACUGUCUCUCAUUAUGACUUUUCAUUUACUCCUACCAGUAAUCAGUGAAUAGAAAAUGAGACUUUAAUUUUUAUCUGCUACUCCACUCACACUUAGUUUAUUUUAUUCAAUCUUUGUUUUUGUUUUUUUGUAUAUGUGUAUAUGUAACAUACAAAAAUCAAUGACCUCUUUCUAAUAUAAAAAAAUUAAGUUGGAAACAAUAAGCAUAAUGUUGAUUUAUAAUGUUAUGGAGGUGACUGCUGCAGAACGUAUACACCAAUAAAAGAACAAAAAAUACCACUUAAGUUUUUAGUAGCAUAAGGGGAAAAAAAAGUGAUUGGCAAGACUUUGGCAUUCUUGACGCUUAUUUCAUUGGUGAUCAUGACAUAUACUUUUACAACGGUAAAGAUUUUUGUUAAGGGGGGGGGGUAAUGAAAUACUUUUCUGUUUGUAGUUUAAUGUAGAGGGGGCUAUUUCCCAAUGCAGACAAGUCAUAUAUUUAUAUUUGGCCAAUCAGCUGUUUACCAGAGCUCCUGCACCCACAUUUAUAGUGAAUGGAGCCGGAAUCAGACAGCUCUGAACAUGUGUAGUGGCCAUGCUACGUUUCUGCAGCUCAGCUACCAUUCACUUCAAUAGAAACUGAGAUGCAUUAACUCGGCAUGGCCCCUACACAACGUAUUGAGCUGUCUGCUUCCGGGGUAGUGAAGAAAACUGUGCCUUGCAGCCGAAUAUGACCGCAUAGCUGAUUAAAACUGCUGAGUCAGCAAGGGCACUGUGAUUGGCUAAGACACGCAUACCUGCUCAAUACUAUUAGGUGUUGGGGAGGUGCCACAGCUCAGCUGAUCCAUCUCGGCCCACUCUCACAGCAGGAUGUUGCACUCCGUUUACAUGCAAGUCCAGCAGCUCUGGUUACCAGCCGAUCGUGGGGGUGCCAGGUGUCAGACCCCAACAAUCCAAUAUUGAUGGGCCAUUCUGUGGAUGGGUCAUCAGUCUUGGUGAAACCUUUUACAGAUUGUCUUCAAUUAAAUUUUGACUUGAAUCUGGUUAAAAGUACACUGCUCAAAAAAAUAAAGGGAACGCUAAGAUAACACAUCCUAGAUCUGAAGGAAUGAACUAAUUGUAUGAAAUACUUUCGUCUUUACAUAGUUGAAUGUGCCGACAACAAAAUCACACAAAAAUUAUCAAUGGAAAUCAAAUUUAUCAACCCAUGGAGGUCUGGAUAUGGAAUCACACUCAAAGUGGAAAACCACAUUGCAGGCUGAUCCAACUUUGAUGUAAUGUUCUUAAAACAGGUCAAAAUGAGACUCAGUAGUGUGUGUGGCCUCCACGUUCCCAUAUGACCUCCCUACAAUGCCUGGGCAUGCUCCUGAUGAGGUGGCGGAUGGUCUCUUGAGGGAUGUCCUCCCAGACCUAGACUAAAGCAUCCGCCAACUCCUGGAGAGUCUGUGGUGCAAUGUGACAUUGGUGGGUGGAGCGAGACAUGAUGUCCCACAUGUGCUCAAUCGGAUUCAGGUCUGGGGAAUGGGCAGGCCAGUCCAUAUCAUCAAUGGCUUCCUCUUACAGGAACUGCUGACAAAAACCAGCCACAUGAGGUCUAGCAUUGUCUUGCAUUAGGCUACCCCUGGCAAGUAAAUGGUGAGCUGUGCGGCCCCCCAAAGAAAUGCCACCCCACACCAUUACUGACCCACCGCCAAAUCGGUCAUGCUGGAGGAUGUAGCAGGCAGCAGAACCUUCUCCACAGCAUCUCCAGACUCUGUCUCGUCUGUCAUAUGUGCUUAGUGUGAACCUGAUUUCAUCUGUGAAAUUGAUUGUCAAUCAGUGUUGCUUUCUAAGUGGACAGUGUGAUUUCACAGAAGUGUGAUUGACUUGGAGUUACAUUGUGUUGUUUAAGUGUUACCUUUAUUUUUUUGAGCAGUCUUUGAUGUAAGUGCUGCUAAAAAUCUUUCUCAUCAGCUUUGUGUUGAUUUGGCCGGGCUUAAGUAAAGAGACUGAUUGCUGAAAACUUGAUACCUGACAACCCCAUGUAAAGUCUAUAACUUUGAUUAUGUAUGGAUGGCAGCCAUAUUGUCUGUCGAAAUGCUGAAAGCCGAGAACAGGUAAAGCAACUUGUCAGCAGUGCAUCCAUGCCAUUCUACUUCUUGUCUUUGAAUAUUAAUCAGAAGAAAAAGUACAUGGAAAACCUCUAUAAUAAACUGUGACAGACUGUUUCUGCAGUCAGUAUAACCCUAUCAUAAGCAUUAUAUGAUUUUGCCCAGAAUUUUUGCUACAUACAAAGACAAUUUUAGAAGCAACGACCUAAUCGUUUGGGGUUUGGUAACAAGCAAGCUUAUCCGUUGAUAGAUACAAAUCAGAAAUUCUAUUUAUUUUUAUAUAGGAAAAACAUUCGUAAACGUUCUCUGUGACUGUAUAAAUAAAGUAUAUGCUCGUGGUGUGUACUCUGUUGUCGUAUAGUGCAGACAAGCACACCUAGAAGAAUUUGAAUGUUUACCUAAAGGGUGCCCACAGACUAGGAAUGUAUAUGUGGUCAACGGACAUGCCUUAUGGAAAUCUGCAGUCCUUAUAGCUCUGCUCUUGAAAUGCAAAUUGAAAAAUGUGUAAUUAUAUCCAAUGUUGUUGUCUAUAAGCUUUAUUUAUACAAUCCCAGAAAACCCUUAUACACAGGAAACAUUACAUACAUCAGCCAGUUUGUAUCUUGCAAGUUUUUCUAAAUUGAAUUUAAUGAUUGUUCUUAUCUAUUGUAGGCAGGUGAUUUAUGUGACUGUGGCUUUUGCUGUCUAGUUAAAGGGUUUCUUCAGGCUAUUUUUCAUUGAAGGCCUAUGAUUGUGGGAUGCGGUCCCCUGGCAGAUCAGCUGAUUAAAGGGGUUAUCUAGCAAUAGAAAAACAGAGCUACUUUCUUUCAACAAACGCUCCCCGUCUGUCUUCAGAUUGGGUGUGGUACUGCAGUUCAGUUCCAUUAAAGUGACUGGAGCCAAGUUAUUAAACCAUACCCAGUCUGGAGACAGACGUGGAACGGUUUUUGAAAGAAAUUAGCUGUUUUUCUAUUCCUGGAGUUUCUGCACUGCUUUCUACCAGACACUGUGCUGUACACUGGGUAGUGGAUGUACCUGGUAUUGCAGUUACCCCAGUCACUAUGACUGGACAACUGUGAAUAAAGGUAUAGCCACUACAAAACAUAGAGCACUGUGCCUGAAAGGAAGUGAAGAGGCCAGAGCACUUGCUCAAGCCCAGCACCUCCUUCAGUCAGCAAAGUGGCAAGGGUUCUAGAAAAAAAGCCAGGCGAACCUCUUUAGGGGUUGUCACAGAUUCCCAUACAUCUCCCCUUUCUAUUCUACACAUAACCCCUUUUAAAGGGACACUUACUCAAAUAUAAGCAGCCGUGUAAUGUUGAGGAGAGGCUAACUGUAGUGUUAUUCAGUGGGAUUACACGAAAACAUCUGACUCCAUGAUCAUACUUUUAGGGGUUGUCACAGAGGCCCAUACAUCUCCCCUUUCCAUUCUAUACAUAACCCCUUUUAGGGUACGUUCACACUAUGUAAUUGAAGCUGAAUCUCUGCUCACUGAAUUCAGCGAGCGGAGAUUCAGUCUGGCAGCCGCCGCCAGUGGUAGGACCGUGCGGCCCUGACCCGUAACCAUUGACAGCUAUGCAGAAUUUGUGGACUUCCGCGCAAAGAAUGAACAUGUUCCUUCUUUGCGUGGAACAAUUUCAGCGGCGGAAUUGUCCGGCCGUAAAAUUGCUCCGUGUGAACGGGUCUUGCAGAAGACCCAUUCACACUUAUGUUAAACCUCACUGCGUGGAAUUCCGCUUUUAGAAUUACGCAGUGUGUACGUACCCUUAAAGGGACACUUACUCAAAUAUAAGCAGCCAUUGUAUUGUUGAAGAGAGGCUAACUGUAGUGUUAUUCGGUGGGAUUACACAAAAAUAUCUGACUCCAUGAUCAUACUUUUAUCUCCCAUAUCACCUUUUCCCAGCAGUCUGCUGCAGUCCCAAGUUUACUGUCCCUUUUAAAUGUUAGCAAUGAUGGGGGUUUACUUUACUUGGUCAAAGAACUACCUUAUAGACCAGGUCUGUGCCCCUGUGCAGAUGUGAUGUACCAAUGCAGCAUAGUCACCCAAGAGAGUAUCUAUACUACUGCACAAUGCAAAAUAUGAUAUAACAAGAGCGUCGCCAAAGGACUGGACCUUAGCACCACCCAUUCUGAAUCUGCUAAAUACAUUUGAAUUACAAGCACUGAAGAGUUCCACAUUUUAUGUGGACUACGUUUAUCCUGGAGUUUGUGCCAUUAUUUCUUUGUGACUUAUUUAUUUGUAUUUUAUUUUUUUUCAUUGACAACUUAACUGGUUUUAAACUCAUGUUAAUAGUUUUAUCUCCAGAUUUUAUAUACAUCUUGCCUGGGUUCAGCUGGGCCCAGCUUAAGUUGUUAAAAUAUUAAACUAUGUGCAUAAAGGCAUUAUUAUUCUCUUGAAAUGUUGUAAAAAAUACAAUUACCUAGAGGCUUUGUGUCAGGCAUGAGUGUAUAGCAAUGCACUGCAAAUCAUUUUAUCAGAAUUGUGUUUAAUGUGAGAAAUGUGUUCAUUUGGUUUAUUAUACCAAAUACAGAUAAUUUGACUUCAUACAUAAUAUCUAUAUUUAUAAAGGGUAUUUUGGGGCGUUCCUCAUUUCUAAGACGUUAUUUCAAGUAUUAUGUGCAUAAACCAUCCCAAUAUUUUUAUUUUUUAUCUUCCAGGCUAGUAAACCUAAAAUAAAACUCAAGUUGGCAAAAUGUCAUUCUCCGAUCUAUAACAGUUACCAUAUCAUGACCAUUGUUCUACUGUAUGGCGUUGUAUAUGCUCUUGUCAUGUUGGUGCAAGCUAUUGUUAUUUGUCUACCUUAUGGGGCGUAUACAGGAAUGUUGCUUAUGUAAAACAACUUUCUUUUUAGGUUUAUUGGCCUGGCAUCACAGAUUUUUUCCAACAGAUUAUUCACAGAAUCCUUCCUUCUCAAAAUAAUGAUUUUCUAAAAUAAAAAUAAAGUACUUUUUAUUAU